AUGAUACCCAAUGUCUGCGGAUCACGUUAUAAUGCCUACUGCUGCCCUGGCUGGAAAACCUUACCUGGCGGGAACCAGUGUAUUGUCCCCAUUUGCCGGCAUUCCUGUGGAGAUGGAUUUUGUUCGAGGCCAAAUAUGUGCACUUGCCCAUCUGGUCAGAUAUCUCCUUCCUGUGGCUCCAGAUCCAUCCAACACUGUAAUAUCCGCUGCAUGAACGGUGGUAGCUGCAGCGAUGAUCAUUGUCUUUGCCAGAAAGGAUACACCGGGACCCACUGUGGACAGCCUGUCUGUGAAAGUGGCUGUCUCAAUGGAGGGAGGUGUGUGGCCCCAAAUCGAUGUGCCUGCACUUACGGCUUUACUGGACCCCAGUGCGAAAGAGAUUACAGGACCGGCCCGUGCUUUACCGUGGUCAGCAAUCAGAUGUGCCAGGGACAGCUCAGUGGGAUCGUCUGCACCAAAACGCUCUGCUGUGCCACCGUGGGCCGAGCCUGGGGCCACCCCUGUGAGAUGUGCCCCGCCCAGCCUCACCCUUGUCGCAGGGGCUUCAUCCCCAACAUCCGCACAGGAGCAUGUCAAGAUGUGGAUGAAUGCCAGGCCAUCCCUGGACUCUGUCAAGGAGGAAAUUGCAUUAAUACUGUUGGGUCUUUUGAGUGCAAGUGCCCUGCUGGACACAAAUUUAAUGAAGUGUCACAGAAAUGUGAAGAUAUUGACGAAUGCACCACUGUUCCUGGAAUCUGUGAUGGGGGCGAGUGUACCAACACAGUCAGCAGCUACUUCUGCAAAUGCCCUCCAGGAUUUUACACCUCUCCCGAUGGCACCAGAUGCGUAGAUGUUCGCCCAGGAUACUGUUACACGACUCUGGCCAAUGGCCGCUGUUCAAACCAGCUGCCACAGUCUAUAACCAAAAUGCAGUGCUGCUGUGACGUUGGCCGGUGCUGGUCUCCAGGGGUCGCUGUCGCCCCUGAGAUGUGCCCCAUCAGAUCCACAGAGGAUUUCAACAAGCUGUGCUCCGUCCCUAUGGUACUUCCGGGGAGACCGGACUAUCCUCUCCCACCUGUUGGCCCUGUCCCUCCGGUACACCCUGGAGUGCCUCCUGGCUUUCCCGGACCUCAAAUCUCCAUCCCGAGACCCCCAUUGGAAUAUCCUUACCCGUCUCGGGAACCACCACGGGUGCUGUCUGUCAAUGUCACUGACUACUGCCAGCUGUUCCGGUAUCUCUGUCAAAAUGGGCGCUGCAUCCCAACUCCGGGGAGUUACCGGUGUGAGUGCAACAAGGGCUUCCAGUUGGAUCUUCGUGGGGAGUGCAUCGAUGUUGAUGAAUGUGAGAAAAACCCUUGUGUUGGAGGAACGUGUGUGAACAACCAGGGCUCCUACACCUGCCAGUGCCGAGCUGGCUACCAGAGCACGCUGACCCGGACCGAGUGCAGAGACAUUGAUGAAUGUGUACAGAACGGCCGGAUCUGCAGCAACGGGCGGUGCAUCAACACAGAUGGCAGUUUCCAUUGUGUGUGCAAUGCCGGCUUCCACGUCACACGGGAUGGCAAGAACUGUGAAGAUAUGGACGAAUGCAGCAUAAGGAACAUGUGUCUGAACGGGAUGUGUAUCAAUGAAGAUGGCAGUUUCAAGUGUAUUUGUAAGCCUGGGUUUCAGCUGGCAUCGGAUGGGCGUUAUUGCAAAGAUAUUAACGAGUGUGAAACUCCCGGGAUCUGCAUGAAUGGACGCUGUGUGAACACGGAUGGCUCCUACAGAUGCGAAUGCUUCCCUGGACUGGCCGUGGGUCUGGAUGGACGUGUGUGUGUUGACACACACAUGCGGAGCACAUGCUACGGGGGAUACAAGCGCGGCCAGUGUGUCAAACCCUUGUUUGGUGCCGUGACCAAGUCUGAAUGCUGCUGUGCCAGCACGGAGUAUGCCUUCGGAGAGCCUUGCCAGCCGUGUCCCGCACAGAAUUCAGCGGAAUAUCAGGCACUCUGCAGCAGUGGGCCAGGAAUGACGUCAGCAGGCAGCGAUAUAAACGAAUGUGCAUUAGAUCCUGAUAUUUGCCCAAACGGAAGUUGUGAAAAUCUUCGUGGGACCUACAAAUGCAUAUGCAAUUCAGGAUAUGAAGUGGACGCAACUGGGAAAACUUGUGUUGAUAUUAAUGAGUGUGCACUCAACAGCCUGCUUUGCGACAAUGGGCAGUGUAGAAACACUCCUGGAAGUUUCGUCUGUACCUGCCCCAAAGGAUUUGUCUACAAACCUGAGCUAAAAACCUGUGAAGACAUCGAUGAGUGCGAGUCGAGCCCUUGCAUUAAUGGAGUCUGCAAGAACACCCUGGGUUCCUUCAUUUGUGAAUGUUCUUCUGAAAGUACCCUGGAUCCAACAAAAACCAUCUGCAUAGAAACCAUCAAAGGCACUUGCUGGCAGACCGUGAUUGACGGACGAUGCGAGGUCAACAUCAAUGGAGCCACCUUAAAGUCCCAGUGCUGUUCUUCUCUCGGUGCUGCCUGGGGGAGCCCGUGCACCCUAUGCCAACUUGAUCCCAUAUGUGGCAAAGGGUUUUCCAGAAUUAAAGGAACACAGUGUGAAGAUAUAAAUGAGUGUGAAGUCUUCCCAGGAGUGUGCAAAAACGGCCAGUGUGUGAACAGCCAGGGGUCCUUUAAGUGCCAGUGCCCCAGCGGGAUGACGUUGGAUGCCACCGGGAGGAUCUGCCUAGACAUCCGCCUGGAAACGUGCUUCCUGAGGUACGAUGACGAGGAGUGUACCUUGCCCAUUGCUGGCCGCCACCGCAUGGACGCCUGCUGCUGCUCAGUUGGGGGAGCUUGGGGCACCGAGGAAUGCGAGGAGUGUCCGAUGAGGAGUACACCGGAGUAUGAGGAGCUCUGUCCCAGGGGACCUGGAUUUGCCACGAAAGACAUCACCAAUGGAAAACCGUUCUUCAAAGAUAUCAACGAGUGCAAGAUGAUCCCGAGCCUCUGCACCCACGGCAAGUGCAGAAACACCAUCGGCAGCUUCAAGUGCAGGUGUGACAGUGGCUUUGCCCUUGAUUCCGAGGAGCGGAACUGCACAGACAUCGAUGAGUGCCGCAUCUCUCCCGACCUCUGUGGGAGAGGCCAGUGCGUCAACACGCCCGGGGACUUUGAGUGCAGGUGUGACGAGGGCUAUGAAAGCGGCUUCAUGAUGAUGAAGAACUGCAUGGAUAUCGACGAGUGCCAGAGAGACCCUCUCCUGUGCCGGGGCGGUGUUUGCCUAAACACGGAUGGAAGUUACCGCUGUGAUUGCCCUCCGGGUCACCAGCUGUCUCCCAACAUCUCAGCGUGCAUAGACAUUGAUGAAUGCACCAUAAUGAACGGUGGUUGUGAGACCUUCUGUACAAAUUCGGAAGGCAGCUAUGAAUGCAGCUGUCAGCCGGGAUUCGCACUGAUGCCCGACCAGAGAUCAUGUACUGACAUUGAUGAGUGUGAAGACAACCCCAACAUCUGUGAUGGAGGCCAGUGUACCAACAUACCUGGGGAGUACAGGUGCUUGUGUUAUGAUGGAUUCAUGGCAUCUGAAGACAUGAAGACUUGCGUAGAUGUCAAUGAGUGUGAUCUGAAUCCAAAUAUCUGCCUCAGUGGAACUUGCGAAAACACUAAAGGCUCCUUUAUCUGCCACUGUGAUAUGGGAUAUUCCGGCAAAAAAGGAAAAACGGGUUGUACAGACAUCAACGAAUGUGAAAUCGGAGCGCACAAUUGUGACAGGCACGCAGUAUGUACCAACACAGCAGGAAGCUUCAAAUGUAGUUGCAGCCCGGGGUGGAUUGGAGAUGGCAUUAAGUGCACUGAUCUGGACGAAUGCUCCAAUGGGACCCACAUGUGCAGCCAACAUGCAGACUGCAAGAAUACCAUGGGGUCCUACCGCUGCCUCUGUAAGGAAGGCUACACGGGCGACGGCUUCACCUGUACAGAUCUUGACGAGUGCUCCGAGAAUCUCAACUUGUGCGGCAACGGCCAGUGCCUCAAUGCCCCGGGAGGAUACCGUUGUGAAUGUGAUAUGGGCUUUGUGCCCAGUGCCGACGGGAAAGCCUGCGACGAUAUCGACGAGUGCGCCCUCCCAAACAUCUGUGUGUUCGGGAGCUGCCACAACCUCCCUGGCUUGUUCCGCUGCGAGUGUGAGGUCGGCUACGAGCUGGACAGGAGUGGCGGCAACUGCACAGAUGUGAAUGAGUGCCUGGAUCCAACCACGUGCAUCAGUGGGAACUGCGUCAACACUCCAGGCAGCUACACCUGCGACUGUCCGCCCGAUUUUGAGCUGAAUCCCACUCGAGUUGGCUGUGUUGAUACCCGCUCUGGAAAUUGCUAUUUGGACAUUCGACCUCGAGGAGAUAACGGAGAUACAGCCUGUAGCAAUGAAAUUGGAGUUGGUGUGUCCAAGGCUUCCUGCUGCUGUUCCCUGGGCAAAGCCUGGGGCACUCCUUGUGAACUGUGCCCUUCUGUGAACACGACUGACUACAAAAUUCUGUGUCCUGGAGGAGAAGGUUUUAGACCCAAUCCUAUCACUGUUAUAUUGGAAGAUAUUGAUGAGUGCCAGGAGCUUCCAGGACUAUGCCAAGGGGGGAAAUGUAUCAAUACGUUUGGUAGUUUCCAGUGCCGAUGUCCAACCGGUUACUACCUGAAUGAAGACACCCGAGUGUGUGAUGACGUGAACGAAUGUGACACUCCUGGGAUCUGUGGCCCAGGGACCUGUUACAACUCGGUUGGCAACUACACCUGUAUUUGUCCUCCGGACUACAUGCAAGUGAAUGGGGGGAAUAAUUGCAUGGAUAUGAGAAGAAGUUUGUGCUACAGAAACUACUAUGCUGACAACCAGACCUGUGAUGGUGAACUCUUGUUCAAUAUGACCAAGAAGAUGUGCUGUUGCUCCUACAACAUUGGCCGGGCCUGGAAUAGGCCCUGUGAGCAGUGCCCCAUCCCUAGCACGGGUGAGUUUGAAUUUCCCCUUUCGCACCACUGCCCAGGUGUCCUCACACACGCUGCUCUGUUUCUAGAUAUUGACGAAUGCCGGGAGAUUCCAGGAGUCUGUGAAAAUGGAGUGUGUAUCAACAUGGUUGGUAGCUUCAGAUGCGAGUGUCCAGUGGGGUUUUUCUAUAAUGACAAGUUACUGGUUUGUGAAGAUAUCGACGAGUGUCAGAACGGCCCCGUGUGUCAGCGCAACGCCGAGUGCAUCAACACUGCAGGCAGCUACCGCUGCGACUGUAAGCCUGGCUACCGCUUCACCUCCACCGGACAGUGCAGCGAUCGCAAUGAAUGCCAAGAAAUCCCCAACAUCUGCAGCCAUGGGCAGUGUAUUGACACAGUUGGAAGCUUCUAUUGCCUGUGCCACACAGGCUUUAAAACAAAUGAUGACCAAACCAUGUGUUUGGACAUUGACGAGUGUGAAAAAGACGCCUGUGGGAACGGAACCUGCCGAAACACAAUCGGAUCCUUCAACUGCCGCUGCAACCACGGUUUCAUCCUGUCUCACAACAAUGACUGCAUAGAUGUGGAUGAAUGUGCUACCGGAAACGGGAACCUUUGCCGGAACGGCCAGUGCAUCAACCUAGUGGGGACCUUCAGGUGUGAGUGCAACGAAGGCUACGAAGUGUCUCUAGACGGAAGGACCUGUGUGGAUAUCAAUGAGUGUCUCUUAGAACCCGGGAAAUGUGCACCAGGCACCUGCCAGAACCUGGAUGGGUCCUACCGAUGCAUUUGUCCACCUGGGUACAGUCUGCGGAACGACAAGUGUGAAGACAUUGACGAGUGUGUCGAAGACCCAGAGAUUUGUGCGCUGGGCACAUGCAGUAACACUGAAGGCAGCUUCAAAUGCCUCUGCCCAGAAGGGUUCUCCUUGUCUUCCACUGGACGGAGAUGCCAAGACCUGCGAAUGAGCUACUGCUAUGCCAAGUUCGAAGGAGGAAAGUGUUCCUCCCCCAAAUCCAGAAAUCACUCCAAACAGGAAUGCUGCUGUGCGCUGAAGGGAGAAGGUUGGGGAGACCCCUGUGAGCUGUGCCCCACGGAGCCCGAUGAAGCCUUCCGGCAGAUCUGCCCCUACGGCAGUGGGAUCAUCGUGGGACCCGACGACUCAGCAGUUGACAUGGAUGAGUGCAAAGAACCCGAUGUCUGUAAACAUGGCCAGUGCAUCAACACUGACGGCUCCUAUCGCUGCGAGUGCCCCUUUGGUUACAUCCUAGAAGGGAAUGAGUGUGUGGAUACUGAUGAAUGCUCCGUGGGCAACCCUUGUGGAAACGGAACCUGCAAGAAUGUGAUCGGAGGCUUUGAAUGCACCUGCGAGGAAGGGUUUGAGCCAGGUCCAAUGAUGACUUGUGAAGAUGUAAAUGAGUGUGCCCAGAAUCCUCUGCUCUGUGCCUUCCGAUGUGUCAACACUUAUGGGUCAUAUGAGUGCAAGUGUCCUGCCGGGUAUGUUCUGAGAGAAGACAGGAGGAUGUGCAAAGAUGAGAAUGAGUGUGAAAAUGGGAAGCACGACUGUGCGGAGAAGCAGAUGGAAUGCAAGAACCUCAUUGGCACGUACAUGUGCAUCUGUACUCCCGGCUAUCGGCGGACACCGGACGGGGAGGGGUGUGUGGAUGAGAACGAAUGCCAGACCAAGCCCGGAAUCUGUGAGAAUGGGCGCUGCCUCAACACCCCCGGGAGCUACACCUGUGAGUGCAAUGACGGGUUUACCGCGAGCCCCACCCAGGAUGAGUGUCUUGAUAACCGAGAAGGGUACUGCUUCACGGAGGUGCUGCAAAACAUGUGUCAGAUCGGCUCCAGCAACCGGAACCCAGUCACCAAGUCUGAAUGCUGCUGUGACGGCGGGAGAGGCUGGGGUUCACAGUGUGAGAUCUGCCCCUUCCAGGGCACCGUGGCCUUCAAAAAACUUUGCCCCCACGGCCGCGGAUUCAUGACCAAUGGAGCAGAUAUCGAUGAGUGCAAGGUUAUCCACGAUGUCUGCCGCAAUGGGGAAUGUGUCAAUGACAGAGGGUCCUAUCACUGCAUUUGUAAGACCGGCUACACUCCUGACUUAACUGGGACUGCCUGUGUAGAUCUGAACGAGUGCAGCCAGUCUCCCAAGCCCUGCAAUUUUAUCUGCAAAAACACCGAAGGAAGUUACCAGUGUUCGUGUCCGAAAGGCUACAUCCUGCAGGACGAUGGAAGGAGCUGCAAAGAUCUUGAUGAGUGUGCAACUAAGCAGCACAACUGCCAGUUCCUGUGUGUGAACACCAUCGGCAGCUUCACGUGUAAAUGCCCUCCGGGAUUCACCCAGCACCACACCGCCUGCAUCGACAACAACGAGUGCACCUCCGACAUCAACCUGUGUGGCUCUAAGGGGGUUUGCCAGAACACUCCUGGAAGCUUUACCUGUGAAUGCCAACGGGGAUUCUCCCUGGAUCAGAGUGGAGCCAGCUGUGAAGAUGUGGACGAGUGUGAAGGAAACCACCGCUGCCAGCACGGCUGCCAGAACAUCAUCGGGGGAUACAGGUGCAGCUGCCCCCAGGGCUACCUUCAGCACUACCAGUGGAACCAGUGUGUCGAUGAGAACGAGUGUCUCAGCGCUCACAUAUGCGGAGGAGCCUCCUGUCACAACACCCUGGGGAGCUACAAGUGCAUGUGUCCCACCGGAUUCCAGUACGAGCAGUUCAGUGGCGGCUGCCAAGACAUCAAUGAAUGCGGCUCCUCCCAGGCUCCCUGCAGUUACGGCUGCUCCAAUACAGAGGGAGGCUACCUGUGUGGCUGUCCACCUGGCUACUUCAGAAUAGGCCAAGGACACUGUGUUUCGGGAAUGGGCAUGGGGCGAGGAGGCCCGGAACCACCUGCCAGCAGUGAGAUGGACGACAAUUCCCUCUCCCCAGAGGCUUGCUAUGAAUGUAAGAUCAAUGGCUACCCCAAGCGGGGCAGGAAGCGAAGAAGCACCAACGAGACGGACGCCUUGGGCCUCGAGGACCAGGUGGAGAACGAUGCCAACGUGAGUCUGGCAAGUUGGGAUGUUGAGAAGACAGCCACCUUUGCUUUCAAUAUUUCCCGGGUCAGUAACAAGGUUCGGAUCCUAGAACUCCUCCCAGCUCUGACAACGCUGACCAAUCACAACAGAUACUUGAUUGAAUCGGGAAACGACGAUGGCUUCUUCAAAAUCAACCAGAAGGAGGGGAUCAGCUACCUCCACUUCACAAAGAAGAAGCCAGUGGUGGGAACCUAUUCGUUACACAUCAGCAGUACACCACUUUACAAAAAGAAUGAACUUAACCAGCUAGAAGACAAAUAUGACAAAGACUACCUCAGUGGGGAACUGGGUGAUAAUCUGAAGAUGAGAAUUCAGAUUUUGCUUCAUUAAUUCACCAUCCAGCGACCAAAGUAUUGAAAACAAAACAAAAAUAGAUAGGUAGAACUGAAUUCCCGCUCCCCACCCCCAUCAUGGUCUUCAUAUCAUAGGUACAAUCUUUCUCCAAGUCAGUUUGUCUAAGUCAGCACUAUUCUUGUAUUAAAGAAACAAGGUACAGGUGACUACCCUAGUGUAACACAACCACUUUCUCAGGCUUCUUGUGAGUGUAAGCCAGCUACCUUGUCAUGUGUGUUGAUUCUUGGAAACCGGGACAUAAGCGCGCUGGCCAUCCCUGCUGACGAACCAUCCUUCCAGCAGACGUACAGGAAAGUGCUUUCAAUUAAUGGACUGUUCUUGUCUAUUUUCCAAGUUUGUGAACUUCACUCUCUAAGUCCAAGUACUAGGUUGGCCCAUUUUAUAAUAUCUACUUGGUGCUAGUAAAAUUUCAAACUAGGUUUAUAAAUGCACUGUAAUAUUUACACAACUUAGAAACCAAAGUACAAGUAUUCAGUUCAAAUACUUCAUUAAGUUCAAUCAACCAAAGUUAGUGCAGUAGCUUUAUCUCAGUUAGCAUAAUACCUUACAUGUAAAUUAAGUGUGUGUAUACUGUAAUCGUGCUAUUUUUUAUCAUUGAAACAUUUAUAAACUAGAAUAAUAAUGCCCUUUGUGUGAGGGUUUGUAAUGGUGCUUAUUAAGACCAAAGACUUGUUAAAUGUAUACACCAAGUGGUAAUAAGAUUCUGUGACUGGCCCGUGUGCACCCCGAGGCCUGCGAGGAGUGGGCCUGUCCAGCCAGAGGAUCAGCAGUGCCACCUCCAUCGCGGCGAGUGCAAUAUGCCGUGAUCACCCUCGGUCAUCCUGUCAACAGGGUUGAUGUCAUAAAUGUCACAAUAAAACAGUCUCUUCUUUUUUAGUUUC